GCAAAUGAAGUCCUCCAGAACUUCCUGCAGUCUCAGGUAGCUACAGAGACAUCCAUCCUGCAGUCAGACAAAGCCCUCACUGAUGGAGAGAAGGUCACAGCAGCUGAGCGGGCCAAGAAGGAGGCAGCUGAGAAGGAGCAGGAGCUGCUCAGACAGAAACAGAAGGAGCAGCAGCAAAUGAUGGAGGCUCAAGAGAGAAGCUUCCAGGAGAACAUGGCCCAACUGGAGGAGAAGAUGGAGCGGGAAAGGGCAAACCUUCUGAGAGAGCAGGAAAGGAUGCUGGAGCACAAGCUGAAGGUCCAAGAAGAACUGCUUACUGAAGGAUUUAAAAAGAAAUCCGAGGAGUUAAAUAAAGAGAUAAACCAACUAAAACAAAAGAUUGAAUCAACUAAAGAACCCUGUGUGGUUUCAAAUGUCCUCGAUAUGGUUGGUAACCUUAUCACUACAGUACUGCCUGCGGCUGCUAAGCUAGUGUUGCCUGUGGCUGCUAAGCUAGUGG